ACAAGAAAAAAGUCUGGAAAACAUGAGCACGGUAGCGGAUCAGGGCUGGGCGCAGGAGAAAUAUCUUCCGCUAUAUGUUAAGAAUUUCCCCAUUAAUCAUUCACAUUAAUAAAGCAACAUCUACGAAAAAUUACGUCGGCGACUUUUUUAUUUAAACAUGUGUUAUUUGCAACCUCUAUAUUUCAAAAUUUUGGAACCGCCACUGUAAACGUGAUUGUUUAUACAAUACCCAUAAAGUAUUAUGGAGGCAAUAACUAUGGUGUUUCUUUUUGAGGAAGAUCUACCUUUGAGCUCGUUCCACUGUGAUCAAGGGGGUGAAAUAGGUUGUGAAUAAACAAAGAAGCCUGGAUGCUGGAAAAAUAAGACAUGGCGCAAAAUAGACCACAUAAUAUGAAGAGAGCAUAUAUGCUCUAUCUGGGUCUCAUAAUAUUUCACUCCAAAUCAAUCCAAUCAGCUCCUCUGUCCUCCUACUUGGUAUCUUCAUUUACACCUCCUGAUUCUGACUCCAACCUACCAUUCAACCACAUCGCCAUCAACAACAUCACUGGCGACAUCUAUAUAGGAGCACGAGAGAGGCUUUACCAACUCGACGCACACCUGAACCUCAAACAGACUGUGGACACUGGCAUGUGUUCUUUUCCGAAUUACGACCGUUUUAAUGAUAACAAACUCUUAAUAACUGUUAUAACACCUCGGAACUAUACGCUGAUUACUUGUGGAGGCUGUGGUGAUAAUUGCCAGACAAGGAAUUUGGAUGAUGUAUCGGUCACGAGAGAUUUAUAUAAUUCUCGGAAAGUAGUGGCACCAGGAGACCUACCAACUGUGGGAGUCGUUGCUCUUGGUGCGGACUAUGAAACAUAUAGAAUUACUAAACAUGAUGAUCGAUGUCCAGCAGGGCUUUGAAGAUGCUAUCUUAGGUUGCAUUCUCGGAGAGGGCACUGGCACUGAGAAUAGCUUCAUAUCUGGAAGUAAAUGUGAAAAGUAUCCCGCUCCGAAUUACACACCACCGGAAUGGUACCCGUGUAGAGUUACAUUUGAAGACGGGUAUGUACUGUACAGUUAUGUCAGUGCAACGAAUCCCCUUUCUGCCUCACCCACCACUACUAUCCCUAAUAAUGUGAUUUCAACCUCAAUUGUGACCACCAUAGAAAGACACCACACAGUAGCAUUCGUAGGAAAUACAGAAGGAAGCCUACAUAAGAUUAACAUAGUGAACACUUCUUUCGGGUACGUGUAUGAAGACAUCUUUCUUGGAGGUGGUUCUGUCUUACAGGAGAUGUUCCUUGAUGAAUUAAAAGAGCAACUUACACUUGCUACAAGCUCAGACCGACACUCGACGCAGAAUCGGGUUGUUACAGUCGAUAUAGUCAACUGUGGACAGUACCAGACCUGCGAGGAGUGCAUUGGUGAGGAUGGUGGAAAUGAUGGAGAUCCUUACUGUGGAUGGUGUACUCUAGAGGCAAGGUGUACCCGAUACGAAGAAUGUCCUUCCCCUAAUGAAUCUACCCGGUGGCUGUCUUACAAUGCCAUCCAAUGUGUAUCCAUCUCAGAUGUCCAGCCUGAUCAUAGACUGCCUUAUCAAAAUACAGAACAAGAGAUCACCAUUACUGUACAGCAGCUUCCAACCCUCAAAGACAACCACCAAUACCAGUGUGCCUUCGACUCUUACCUGGUCAAUGCUGUUACAACGUCCGACAUAGUAGUUUGUACAAUCCCUCCUGUGGACGAAUUGCCUACAAUCCCUGUAGAAGAUGACCAUAAGAAUUUGACUCUCUCCAUGUUCUCAACGGAGACCACAGUUUACUUCAUAAGCACGGAUUUUAUCCUGUUUGACUGCACCUAUCAUAAAUCUUGUUCAUUUUGUGUCUCAAGUGCAUGGCCAUGUGACUGGUGUGUUUAUGACAACAUGUGUACGCAUGAGAGCAGUUCAUGCCAAGACGGUGAAACAGUGGUGAUUGGAGAAAAUAAUCCCAAAGGUUCUGGAGACAAAGGACAGAGUUACUGUCCUCAGCUCGUUGGUACAUCAGAAACCUUCUUCAUACCAGUGAAUAUUCCUUCAAGUUUCUCACUAGUGACAAAAAAUAUUCCUACAGAUCAAACAAAGAUCCAGUCAUUCGAUUGCAUUCUUCUAAUUGAUGGAGAUGAGACACGAGUAGAAACUACAUUCUUCAAUGAAAGUUAUGUUUUGUGUGGGGCUAAAGAGUACAUGUAUGAUGACGACAUCCUUCAGAACAAUGUAAGCGUCUCCGUUCAAUGGAAUGACCAGCACUAUAUAGAUGACCCUAAUGAUGCAUAUGUAACUCUGUACAAGUGUUCAGCCAACGAUGGAAGCUGCAGCCGGUGUCUAUCUCCGGAAUCAACACCUUCGUUUCUAAACUGCGGUUGGUGUGGGAACGACUGUAAUGUCAUUGAGAGUGAUGUUUGUCAGAGCAAUCGAUUUGUCAAUCAGAAUGAGGCCAAUCUUUGUUCAUCACCAGUAAUAACUGAAUUUUAUCCCAUAUCAGGUCCAAUUAAUGGCAUUACAAGAUUGGAAAUCAUCGGAACCGACCUAGGAGUGGCAUUUCAUGAUGUACUAAAUGUUACAAUAGGAGACUUGGUGUGUAGCCUGACUGACAUGGAUUCCUACUAUCAACCAGGGCAGAGCGUUAGUUGCCUAAUACGGUUAUCUUCCGAGGUAACAUCAGGACAAAUCGCGAUUAAGAUAAGGUCUGGUGAAGAGACUAGGACCGGAAACAGUAAAGAACAUUUCCACUAUAGGGAUCCCAUGAUCUCAGGGUUUAGCCCUACUGAGGGACAGGCAGCGGGAGGAACCCGAAUCACAAUUACAGGAAUGUACCUCAACACAGGAAGAAUCAUCGAAGCUAGAUUUGGAGAAGCACGUUGCAAUGAUUUGACCGUUCAUGAUAUGAGAGCGACCUGCAUUACAAGCAGUAUAACACUUAAUGAAGAGACUUCAUUGAUAUUCAUCAUGUCGUUUGAUGAAGUGGAAAGAAUGUUUAGUGAAUUCAGCUUCACUUACAAGUUAAACCCAGUAAUUAUUGAUAUUAACAGAUCCGAAGCAAUUAUGUCAGGAGGUCUUAAUAUUGAAAUAACAGGAGAACGUUUUGAUCUGGUCCAAAUCCCAAGGAUCAUUGUUACGUCACCAACAACUAGCGCAUUUGAGCUUUGCAACGGAACAGACACUCUGCUGAUAUGCCCAUCGCCAAAAUUUCCUGACGAUGUCGCCUCUACCGUGAGGAAAAGAGCACCUGACGUAAUCACGUUUGUCGCAAAUCUGACAUUUGACUUCGAUGGCUACAUAAUCAAUGGCGGCUUGAUAGAAUACUACCCAGACCCAAUUUAUGAAAGCUUCGGUGGACCAAACAGACUCUAUGAAAGCAGUAACGGACGGCUCGAAAUAACAGGAUUUAAUUUAGAUCUGGGAAGUAGAAAGGAUGAUAUUCAGAUUCUACUUGGACCAAGCAGUGUAUGUGAUGUGGAUUACCUUAAAACCGAUGUUGUUGGAUGCCAGCUACCCGAAGAGAGACCCCUCGCAGGUGAUGAGAAUGGAACACGCAGUGAAGGAACCACGAGGAACUUACCAGCAGUGACGGUGUUACACGGAAACCUAAAGUUCUAUCCGGGAUUUGUUUCAGCGUGGCCUACGGAAGGAAACCCGUUGAUAGCUACCGUAAUACCCACUGUUAUUGUAUUGCUCAUCUUCAUCACCAUACCUACAAUUAUUCUAGCCUGUUGGUAUAGGAAGAAACGGCUUGAAGUGAAACGUGCCAAGGAAGAAGUAGCCAUGGUUCGAAUGAACAUCCUGAAAAGAGUUCGCGAAGUCUCUAGUACAAGUUUAGAUAUGACGGAUGCUGAUAACAGAGUUCAGUCUCAAGGAGUUCGUUUUGUGGGGAAUGUCCAGUAUGUGACACUGAUGAUGUUUGCCGGGCUAGGUGUUCACCCAGAAACAUCAGAUCCAGAGUACAUGGAAGACUUUAUGGAGCAUUCAGUUAUCGUAUUCUACCGAAUGCUAAAAAAGAAGGAGAAAAUGAUAGAGUUCGUCAGGCAAUUGGAAACGAAGAAAACGGGACAAGGUCGAGAAAGGGAAUUAAUUGCAUCCCUGUUAGCAAUCACGUUCGUCAGUGAAUGGAAUUCAAUUGUCUUUACAGAAGUGAUGACCGCACUUGUUGAAGAUGAAAUCAUGGGGGCAUCUGAAUCCAGAAGACCACUGGACAAAUUAUUCACAAAAACUGAAUCUAUCACCGAGAAACUGAUCAGCAAUUGGUUUUCAAUCUGCAUGUUCGAAUACCUAAAGGUAUAUGGACUCUAUUCAUUAUUCAUGCUGUACCAAGCAAUAAAGACCCAAGCAGAGAAAGGUCCUAUAGAUGCUGUGACAGGGGUUGCGUACUACACGCUGGAGGCUGAUAAACUCAUAGAUGAAGAGAUCGACUUUCAUUCUCUUAACAUCGAUGUUGUUGAUGAAGACGGCCAUACCUAUGUUCGAGUAAACGUUUUGAAUGUUGAUACCGUGAAGCAAGCCAAACAGAAGAUCCUAGAUUGCCUUUGGAUGAAGGGUUUCUGCCUGCUACCGAGGGAUGUUGAUGCAGUUGACCUUGUUUGGAUCGAAUCUCCUGAAAGCUAUACUUUGCUUCAGGAUGUUGACGACAUGUCUGAGACACAGAGCAAGGUCAUGUUCAAUACAAUGAAGAGCUACGGGAUUAGGAACGGAUCUCGUGUUGCACUGGUAGGUAAGAACCAGCUACCGAAAGCACCUGUCAAUGGCUACCAAGCUCUUGAUGUCAAAGAAUUAUCUUCGAACACAUAUGAAUCCUUGAUACCUGUAUCAGAUGAGACGAAUCGUACAUCAGGACCAUCUCUACAGACUUUGAAUGCUGUCCAUUUGAAGAUUGAUGCUGAAGGGCCAACAAGGAAAGCAGUCAACCUGCCUGAUAACAUUAAAAGAAAGAGAGCAGAGCUUGAUCGGAAUCUUGCUAUCCCACACAUGCUUAAAAUGAAAGCAUCAAUAGGUCCAUACGUAGAUGGAGUCUUUGAGGUUAUGUUCAAGAAACCAUCCAGGAUCCCUCUACCUGUAAAGCAUCUCUUUGACACGUUUGAUGACCUUGCCGUCAAGUACACCGAUGGGAAAUCGUCCAAGGAAUGCGCGCAAAAUUGGAAAAUGAAUUGUUUGUCUCGCUUCUGGUGCCAAGUACUUACCAACCUACAAUCUUUGUUUGAUAUGCCAAGAUCAGAAACAGCUGAUCGAUGUGUCAUCGCUGUUGCUGAAGCCAUUGCAGAUGCAGCUAGGACUGCCACGCUGUCACAGAGUGAAUCAAACCAUCUACCCUACUACAAUGAACAUCCGCUACAGCGACAGAUGAUGUCUGACUACUGCUCCCUGAUAUCAAGCCAACCAAAGGUCAAGUCAAGACUCAAGUUAACAAGAGCCUGUUCAUCCAUCACAAAGGAGUUCAAAGGUCAUUUCAGUCAUCUUUCGAAUUUGCUGCACCUUUACAACCUCACCAAGGAUGACGUAGAGGGCCUCUUGAAUUAAAGUGCAUGAAAAGACCUUAAUUUCAUCCUUCAAGUACUAUCAUUAAGGCGCCAAUCAAAUUAACAUCCGCGAUCGGCACCACUAUGUGGAUGUUGGUAAUGGGACGAUCUUAAGAAAUAGUUGUAUUAUAACUAGGACGACCCAAUCAUACCUUUUCCAUGUUCAAGCUUUUCGUGGUCUUAGUAACCAAAAUUUUAUUUCACUACUUGCCAUUUAUAAUAACCCUUAUAGGCCAUACGAUUUAGAUUAAUACAUACCGUUAACAACAAGUGUGUAUUCUUCCAGUUUCUGCCUGGGGAUUAACAAUGAAAUUCAUUUGUUCUUUCUACUAAUGUCAUCAAGCAUCUAAGUAUUGGGAACUUCUCCCUGGCGUGACAUUAUUUAGGAAUAGGGGGUAGCUUAAAGAAUUACAAGAUAAAAGAUUCAUUUUGUCUAAUAAUUGUUAAAUAACUUGUACCAAACAAGAAUUUUCAUAGUAUUUAGUCAUGCCAUUUGUUGUUUGACCAGUGUAAAAUGUGAUUGUGUACAUGUAGAUGUAAAUGUAGAUGUAUGCCUGAAAUUUCCAUCUGUUUAUGUCUAGAAUUUGUAUUAUCCAUUUGCAUUUUAUGAUGCUUGUAUUUUGUAUUGUUUUAUGUUAUACAGGGCCCCCGCCGGCCCAAGUACAACAGUAUUUGACUACUGAUAGGGUGGUAAACUGCCAAUUCGUCUACUGCCAACUCGUCCUCUCAUCACAUAGUCUAAUUUCAUUUAGUCUAUAACCAUUCCGUGCAUAAAAAUUUCGUCUAAAAACCAUUUGGUCCAAUAAUCAUUUUAGUCCAAUAAUCACUUCGUCCAAUCACCAGAUUGUCUAUGACCAUUUCGUCUAGUAACCAGUUGGUCUAAUAACCCAUUUCCUUUGCAUUCAUGUCGCCCAAGUAACACCAAGUCCAUUCAAACCAAAUGUUAUAUGGGCUACGUGGCUAUUGGACCAACUGUUUAUUAGACGAAAUGACAAUUAGACCAUGUGCAUAGUGAACGAACUAAUGGUAGCCCAAAUGAUAGUAGAUGAGUUGGUAAUUGGACGAAUUGACAUCAGACCAAUUCGAAAUAAACCGAUGAGGAUACCUUGUUCAAAUGAUACGUAAAAGAUAAAUAAAUAAAUGAAUGAAUAACUAAAUAAUAAAAUUGUAGAAUCUCAUAAACUCUGCAAAUUAUCAACUUGUAUAAACAGCUACUUAUUUAAGAGUACAUUAAAAACGAUAUAAUAAUAAUGGGGAUGAUGAUAAUAAUAAUGAAAAUAAUAAUAAUGAUAGUAAUGAUAAUGAUGAUAAUAAUAAUAAUAAUGAUGAUAAUAAUAAUUUUAAUUUAUAAAGCGCUAUUUCCGGAGGAUAUAAAGCGCCGUUAAUAGCAUAAGACAAGUUAAGGUUUAAAGUUAUACAGGUGUGUUUUAAGAUACAUCAGAUUCCAUUCAAAUUGAAAUGAAGAAAAUGUGCUACGAGAUCGUGAUCUUGCACAAUACGUAAUGCAAAACUUCUAUUCCAUCACUCAUGUAUUUACCACCCGAUGUUUGUAUAAUCUUUAAAAAUCUUUAGUUUUCUUGAUUCUGUCUAUUAAUCUAUAACACCUUAAAUAGAGUUGAUAUAUUGUUUUCAUUUAUAAUUCACAAGCCCUCAAACAAAGAUUUCCGUACCAGUUAACAUUUCAAUCGUUUGUACCAUUAACUAUUAAAUUUAACGGGUAAAAAUGGGUGUAUCAUAUCAUUUUGUAAUGUUAAAACUGAUAUUAGUAAUAUUAGUGUAACUGAUCGUGUAGCGUUCUCUUUCUUACAGAUUAAUAUAUGAAAAUUAGUAGUAUUAGAAACGCGGAGUAAUUACAUGGUAUAUAUAAGUUUUAAUACUAUAAUAAUCCAAAAUUUAGGAAUAGAAUAUUUGUUAAUAUUUUAAUGAUGUAUGUUCGAGUCAAUGAAUUAUAUUAUGCAGGUCUUAAAAUGAUAUGUAGCGUUCUCUCUUUUUUACAUAUGGAAAUAUAAAAAUGGGUAGUAUUACUAACGCAUGGUGGUUACAUGGUAAGUUGAAUAAAAGUUAACGCUUUUAAAAUUAAGAAUUUAAGAUUUGUAUAUUUAUAUUAUAGAUAUCCUUUAUGAUGUAUGUUCGAGUCAAUGGGUUAUGUUAUGCAGGUCUUAAAAUAAAUGUGUCUAUAUCAUAAACAAAACGCAUAUCUUCGCAUGGAUCGUGGUCUAGCCACCAAUCGUCUUAAACACAUUAACACAAAAGUAGAUUUUUUAUAAACGGAUAAGUGUAUCAUAGCCAAUGAAACAGGCUCUUUAUGGCUUCAUAAUUAUAUCUGUAUAUUGUAUGGAACUGUCCUCAUCGUGGCAGAUAAAGAUAAAUAAUUGUUUAAAAAAAGAAUAAUCAAUUUUAAUUUCAAGAGACAUACUUUUUUCAAUUGUAAUUUCGUACACAUUUUUAUUGAAGAUUCUCGCAAUGCACG